AUGAAAGUUUCCAUUUUGGAAUGCCUUUGGUCUAUUGCGUUCAUUCAAUUGUGUACAGCUUUGUACGAGGAUCAAAUAGGCAAAUUUGAAUGGCGUCAGCAAUACACCGGUAAAUUAAAAUAUUCCCACUUUGAUGGGAAAAAAUUAAUAGUAGCCACCGAAGAGAAUGUUCUUGCAGCAUUAAAUACAAAAACAGGUGAUGUUAUUUGGAGACAAAUAUUAGAGCCUGAUGAAAAUGGAUGUAUUAAGUUAUUUGAAGUUGAUAAGGAAAUUCUUACAGUAUCAGGUUCUGUUUCGCCAUUAAUAAGGGGUUGGGAUAUAGAACAUGGGUAUUUACUUUGGGAAUGGGGUUUAUUUACUUAUAAUGAAUUUACAAAUUGGAUAAGUAUCAAACAAAAAUUGAUACAAAUAGACUUUUAUGCACAUUCUCACUUUGUGGCAUCAGUUUAUGAUGCACCAUCAGGGAAAAAAUUAAAAUCCCAUGCCAUACCUGCAAAUUGGCUAGUACCCGAACAGUGUGUCAUUCAAAACAAUGUGAUUGCUUGUAUAACCAGUGAUAAAACAUUAUAUAGUGUGAAAUUAAAAGAUGAUAAUAAUGAUAUUGGAAUAAGUAUUCAACAUAAAUCACUUUUUGAUUUAUUCAAAGGAGAAGUUAUUGGUAAAUUAAAGCCAAUGAUUGGAAAGUUACCCAUUGUUAGUGUAAGAGUGUCUGACAGAAAGAAAGCUAUAUUAUUACAUCCAGAAAUUCAAGUAAUUAAUGCUGAAAAUGAAAAUACAACAAUUAUCGGUUCUUCCAUCAUGGAUGGAAAGGGAGUGAAUGUAGCUUUUUCAUUAGACAAUGAGUUAUUGCAUAUAGUACCAUUUACAGUUGAUGGCAAAGAACUUCCAGAGUUUGGUUGCAGUUUAAAUUUUGAUUCACUUCAUGGGGAGCCUGAAUUUGUUUACCUCUUUUGUCAACAGCGUAAAGAAAAAAAUUCAAUAUGCAGAUAUCUCAUCAGCACUAGUCAUGAUGUUGUUUUAUUACUUCAGCAGCCGGGGAAAAUUUUGUGGUCAAGAGAGGAGUCUUUGGCUUCAAUAUUGAGCGUGGAAAUGAUAAGCUUACCAGUUUCAGACACUGAUGCAGCUAUAGAAAAAGAAUUUAAUGAUAAAAACUGUGGUUUUUUUGGAAUGUUCUUCCGCAGAAUAUUUAAUCAGAUAUGCCAAUUGCAAAACUUCUUAUUGAUUAUAUUUGGAUUUUUGAAAGGAUCAUCAAUCAGGAGCCUUAACGAACCCAUGGUUCAAGAUGAAUUUGGUCUUCAUAAAUUGAUAGUUGUGGCGACAAAGUGUGGUAAAAUAUAUGGUCUUGACAAUUUGAGUGGAAAAAUUGUCUGGCAAAUAAAGGUAGAAAAUGCAGAGCCUUUUUCAGCAGAAACAUCUUCACCAAUAAUGCCAAUGUAUUUAAUUAGAAACACUAGACACUACCCCCUCCCAUCAGAAUGUGUCGUUUUAGUUAAAUAUAAGCCAACCGGGGAAACUGGUUUGGUCAGAUUUAAUCCCAUUACGGGAUCCGUUGUUGGCUCGAGCCCGAUUAUGUUAUUAGGAAUCAGGGUAAAACAAUCUUUGUUACUUCAUCAAAUGGAUAGUAACUUUUAUAAGGGUAUCGUUCUUUUAGACGAAAAUAAUCGUGUUUUCGUCUAUCCGGAAUCAUCCAAGUCGGUCGUUUUAUCAAAUCCAUCUUCGAUAUUUAUUUUCACGGCUAAUACUGAUUCAGGAAUUUUAGAAGGUUUCACUUUAGCCACAACGGAAAAUAAUACCAUUAUUAGUAGUAUGAUAUGGAGAGUUAAUUUGGGAAACAAUAUCAUUGCAUUAGUGGGAAAAAAUCAUAAUGAAAAAGUUCAUUCCCAAGGGAGAGUUCUUGGAGAUAGAAGCGUUUUAUACAAAUACGUUAAUCCAAAUCUUAUAACUGUGGUUACUCGAGCUUAUCAUCCCUCGCAUAAAACAAUUAUUAAUUUGUAUCUUAUCGACGUCGUAUCCGGUAAUAUUAUUUAUUCAUGUUCUCAUCGAAAAGCAAGAGAACCAAUUCACGUGGUACAUUCUGAAAAUUGGGUUGUUUAUUCUUUUGUUAACGAAAAAUACAGAAGAACUGAAUUAGGUGCUUUAGAAAUGUACGAAGGUAAAACUCAAAGUAAUUCAACAGUUUUCUCAUCGAUGGAUUCGGCAAUUCUUUUACCCAUCGUCGAAAAGCAGGCUUACAUAUUACCAGCCAACGUUUUAGGUCUUAAAGAAACAAUUACAGAAAAAGGAAUAACCAGUAAACACAUUUUAGUUGCUUUGUCAACUGGAGGAAUAUUAGAAUUACCAUGGGCUUAUGCUGACCCGAGGAGACCCAUGACUGUGACUCCAGAAAUGAGAGAAGAAGGAGUGAUACCAUACAUGCCGGAACUUCCCAUUCCUUUGGAAGCUAUUAUUAAUCAUAAUCAAUCUGUUUACAAUGUACGAGGAAUGCAUACAUCAUCCAGCGGAUUAGAAUCAACAUGUUUAGUAUUCGUUUACGGUUUAGAUAUUUUUUAUACAAGGGUAGCCCCAUCAAAAACAUUCGAUUUAUUAAAAGAUGAUUUCGAUUAUUAUCUCAUAACAUUGGUUUUGGUUGCCUUGACAAUCGUUUCGUAUGUCAGUAAAAAAUUAGCUUCUCGAAAAGCAUUAAGACAGGCUUGGAAAUAG